GUCUCCCGCCAAUUGAAGCCGCGGCUAUAAAUUGAGCUCCCUUCACGGCCGAAGCCCAGAUGUCUCGCCAGGCCGCAUCGCGGUUGGUGGCCGGCGAAGGCGAAGGGUCCCAGGGGGCUUCUGGGCCUGCAGCCACCAUGCUCCGCUCCCUGCUGCUUCACUCCCUGAGGCUCUGCGCCCAGACCGCCUCGUGCCUCGUACUGUUCCCGCGCUUCCUGGGCACGGCCUUCAUGCUCUGGCUCCUCGACUUCCUGUGCAUCCGCAAGCAUUUUCUGGGCCGCGGCCGUCGGGGGCAGCCCGAGCCUGAAGUGGAGCUCAACAGUGAAGGUGAAGAGGUGCCCCCCGACGACCCGCCCAUCUGCGUGUCCGACGACAACCGCCUGUGCACUCUGGCGUCGCUCAAGGCGGUGUGGCAUGGCCAGAAGUUGGAUUUCUUCAAACAGGCACACGAGGGCGGUCCGGCGCCCAACUCCGAGGUGGUCCUGCCCGACGGCUUCCAGAGCCAGCGCAUCCUUGACUAUGCGCAAGGGAACCGCCCGCUGGUGCUCAAUUUCGGCAGCUGCACCUGACCACCAUUCAUGGCGCGCAUGAGCGCCUUCCAGCGCCUGGUCACCAAGUACCAGCGCGACGUGGACUUCCUCAUCAUUUAUAUUGAGGAAGCGCACCCCUCGGACGGCUGGAUCACCACAGACUCCCCCUACAUCAUCCCGCAGCACCGAAGCCUGGAGGACCGGGUCAGCGCUGCCAGGGUGCUGCAGCGAGGUGCACCCGGCUGCUCUCUGGUCCUCGACACCAUGGCCAACUCCAGCAGCUCGGCCUAUGGCGCCUACUUUGAGCGCCUCUACGUCAUACAGAGUGGCACCAUUAUGUACCAGGGCGGCCGCGGCCCUGACGGCUACCAGGUCUCUGAGCUGCGCACUUGGCUAGAGCGCUAUGAUGAGCAACUGCAUGGCGCUAGGCCCCGUAGGGUGUAAACAACCAAUGGACAAUUAACUGAACUUGGCGGGCUUGGCCUUCGAGCAUUCGAAGCCCGCGUGCAAGCACCCCAAAUGAAGUCGUCAAGCUUGGGGAGGCCCCAGUGACACAGAUGCGCUGAGCCACGGAUCUCAGGCUGAGUGCACCCUCAGCUACCUGAACACUCUCCCCUACCUCCCCAAGACUCUGCUUCUGUGAUUGUCUCAUGUAUACCUGCCGGGCUCACUCCAAUUCCCUUUGUGAGCGCAGGUGCGGUGCACCCUUGCCUGUGUGCCCAGGACUUGCCCCUACAGCACUUUCUCGCACCCGCUCCCCAGAGCAACUUCAGCCAAGCUUCGGCCCGCGCCCCCCACUGCGCGGAGAAACCUUGGUCCUGCCCACCCGCCCUGAGCGCAGCUGGGUUCCCACAAGCUCUCAGCUCCGCUUGAGCUAGUUGCCUGGCACCAACCUGUCGCGCGCGCAUGCGGGGAAGGGGUGCCCUACUGCUUUUGUGUCUAUUUCGUGUUCCUGAGUUGGGGAAGGGGAUGGGGAUGGGGUGGGCAGGGUGUUUUCCCCCCCUUGUUUGGGGCGCGCAGGAGCCCCUCUGCUGAUGACGAACUGUCUCUAACUGGUUCUGACCACGGGGUAGUUCUGAAUUGCAGGGGACUUGAAGCAGCGCCUAAACCUAGAGGGGGAGAGUGCUCUGGGUUUCCGAGAGGAAACCACCUUAAAUGGGUGGGAGGGAGGUUGGGGAGUCAACGUGGGACCAGAGGAAGAUGGCUUGAGAGGAAUUGGCGAGGUUUGCAGCGCCCCAGGGAGAGAGAAGAGGCUGGGACUCCUGGGGAACGGGCUUGGGUGGCGGAGUCCGGGAAAGAGAGAUGGGGGGAGAGCCUGGGCCCCCAAAUAAGGGGAGUCCUGGGCAGAGCUGCCGAUUGUGGGGCCGGGAGCUGGAGGGCCCCUGAUUCGAAGGCCAUUUGGUGACUGUUUUGCUGGAAAUGUUUCCUUGUACAUAAACUUGUAAACUACAAUAAUAAAGGCUUGAAGUAAACUGCU